AUGCUCAAAUACCACUUGCAACCUCAUUCCUCGGUUCAAAAGGCUCUUUUCGGAAGAGGGAUUUUGUCUUGGAAGAGUACGACUAAUAACUGUUGUUGCGGGGUUGGUACUCAUGUGUGGUGUUUGGGAAACUCAACUUUGAAGAAUAAUAGACUCAUCCUUCAUGAGUAUGAUCAUCAGGUGAGGAAUUACACUUCCUCGGAUUUAUCUUGUUUGGAUUCAAUCAUGAAAAAGAAUUGUUUUGGAUAUCAUCUAUGCUCCGAACAUUGGAUGAUACCAAAUUCUUUUACUUGUAAAUUAAUAUCAUUAUUCGGAAAUGUGUAUAGCCAACGAAACGUAUAUGGAACUCUCAACUACCGUACAUCCUCACAUAGACUGUAUUCUAUUUUGAAUGACAAUAGUAAGCAAGAAUCAAUUCUUGAAUUGCUCGACGAAGUGGCAAGCAAAGAUAUGCAAGAGUUUAUUAAACAACAUUCACUUGACUUGUCUAGCUUGGAAAAGAGAGUAGAUUAUGACUACUUGCUCAAUACCAUUGAGGAAAUGACCAAAGAUCAAGAAAAGAGAGAACUAGCUCGAUCCAUGGGUGUUGAGGAUGAUGAGGAUUGGAAGUCUUCCGUGUCGUCUUUUCAAUUUAAUUUUCUCCAUCAUUUCGAGACGGACUCUAAGUAUCGUCAUAAGGUUAAGAAGGCUUUUAAAGCUGCUCAAAAAGAAAAUAAGGUUCAAGAAUUAAUCUGGAAUUUGUAUUUGAAAGACCUUGAACAGCAAAUUGAAGAAGAAAAGAAUUUACAAAUGGCGGAUCUCACUGAACCUCAUCACUUGUAUCCAUUAGCCCGACUUAACAAGAGAAAAGUUAUUUUCCACAUAGGUCCAACGAAUAGUGGUAAAACAUAUAAUGCCUUUCAGGCAUUGAGAAACGCAAAAACAGGUAUCUAUUGUGCCCCUUUAAGGCUAUUAGCAACGGAAGCUUUUGUAAAAUUAACAUCCGGUGAAAACCCAAUUUCUGCGUGCCAACUUGUUACUGGAGAUUUCAAAAUUGAGGCAGAAAAUGCAACUCACACUUGUUCUACAACUGAAAUGGUCGAUACACAGAGAGAGGUAGAUGUGGCAGUUAUUGAUGAAGUUCAAUUAAUUACUGACCCAGAUAGAGGGUGGUCUUGGACGCGCGCAUUGUUAGGUGUGAGAGCCAAAGAAGUUCACUUAUGUGGAGAAGGAAGAGUGUUAAACCUUGUUAAAAAGCUUUGUGAAGAUACAGGAGACGAAUUGGAAGUGAAGGAAUAUACUAGACUUACACCUCUCCAAGUGACAAAGAAACCCACUGUUAAAGACUAUAGAGAUUUGCAAAAGGGAGAUUGCGUCGUUUGUUUUUCACGAAAGGAGGUUUUUAGAAUUAAGAACGAAAUUGAAAAAGCAACUGACCUGAGAGUUUGUGUCGUGUAUGGUGGUUUGCCUCCUCAAACUCGAAUUACACAAGCUGCGCUCUUCAACCACGAAAAUUCUCCCUAUGAUGUGCUUGUGGCCACUGAUGCUAUAGGCAUGGGACUAAACCUAAAUAUUAGAAGAAUUGUUUUCAGCCAAACAGAAAAGUUUGAUGGAAAAGAAAUCAGAACGUUAACUCCACAUGAAAUUAAGCAAAUAGGAGGAAGAGCUGGUAGAUUUAACAGCGCCUUCGAAGUUGGAGAAGUGACAUCGUUUCGUGCAAGUGAUUGCCGAGUGAUACAGCAAGCAUUUGCAUACGACCCUUCUGUCGAAGAAGAAGAGCUUAGAGCUGGAUUGUUUCCAACAGACGAACAAAUUGACCAUUUCUCUCGACUCUCACUCGAAACAGGCAUUCGAGUGAGAUUGAGUACUAUUCUUUCCAAGAUUUAUGAAAUGACCAAGUUAAACGAAGGGAAAUAUUUCAUGUGUGACUUGAAGGAAAAGAAAGACAUUGCCAACAUUAUACACCCUAUUGAAAAUUUAACGACUGCAGAGAGAAUGAUCUUCGUUAAAUCUCCCAUAGAUCCUGAUGAGCAAUUAUGUAAAACUAUGACUUUCAAGUGGGCAAAAUUGUACUCUGAAGGAAAAUAUGUUCCUCUUCUCCUUCCAAACCCAAAUUCAUUGAAGCCCAUCAACACUCUACACAAGUUGAAAGAGCUCGAAGUGAUGUACAAAUGUUUAAAUAUUUACUGCUGGCUCAGCUACAGAUUAGUACCCUUCAAUGAACGAGAAAAGGCAUUCCAAUAUCAAGAAAUUAUUAGAAGAUUGAUCGAGGACUCUUUGAAAAAGACUGUUUCACUGGAGAGAGCUGAACAACAAACACGCCAAAGAGCAAAAGAACAUCACCAGCGAAAUCAUCAUGGCUAUAAGAAGACAAAUGUUAAGCGUAUCUCAAAUAAGCAUAAAUCAGAAGUACGCAAAAUGCUUGCCAAAUAUGACUUGUAA